AUGAGCUCACAUUUUACAGUUUCUCACUUUAUUCCCCCACAAAAACCAACUCAAUUUUAUACAAGAUGCUCGUCAAUUUUACAAACUAGAAUCCGAAUAAAAAUACACUCUGAAAGUAAACUCUGCUCAGAAGGUUUUAGACAUGCCUUGCUAGGGGUCUACUUUUACCGGGGCCGCUUGAUAAAAUUGAAGAUCCUCUACUGCGCAGUCCCUUCAUUGCUCGUUCACGGUGGAGCACAACAAGACUUGUGCCUGCAGUUUGAGCUUUUAUUUUGGACUAGUCUAAAAAGAAAAACCGUUGUACUAAUACUGGAAGUUUAAUAGCGAGAUAAAUGACAAAGACGAAGGAGUGACGUACUCACACUGUAGCAGUAUCUUCAUGAAAAUCUUCGUCUAGACAGAAUGACAAACUGUACUGACAAGCUAAGUGGUACUGACUUACCCCCUUCUUCUUCUACCCCUUAAACAAGCUGUAAAUCUGUAUAUCCUGUUCUUUCAUCACUUGUUGAGCUACGGACUUGAAAAAAAUGCCGAAGAACCCAGCUGAGAACUUGUUGUGAGCAAUUGUACCGAAAUAAUUUUCAGCGAUGAAAAUUUCCACUAUGCUGCAUUGUAGACCGUGCUUCUAGCUACAAAAGCAUCAUUCCUGAUUUGAUCUUACGAACGAACGAUGAUGUUGAGACCCUUCGAGAAGAAGGGAAGACUUCGAAUGAAAACUGGAGCUAGUACCAUGUUGCAAAAAGUUGUCCGAAGGAUUUCGUCGAAACCAGCUGUAAAGCACCGAAGUUUCUGCAGCUACUUUUUCCCUCGC